UGGAGGCUGGCGCAGUCCCGGGGUAGGCGCCGGCGGCCGCGGGUGUGUCCCGGCGGCGGGCGCGCAUCGGCCCCUGCGGCGCCAUGUCCUUCUGCAGCUUCUUCGGGGGCGAGGUCUUCCAGAACCACUUCGAGCCGGGCAUCUACGCUUGUGCUAAGUGUGGCUAUGAGCUCUUCUCCAGCCGCUCCAAGUAUGCCCAUUCGUCCCCAUGGCCGGCCUUCACUGAGACCAUCCACACUGAUAGUGUGGCCAAGCGUCCGGAGCACAAUCGGCCUGAAGCCUUGAAGGUGUCCUGUGGCAGGUGUGGCAAUGGGCUGGGCCAUGAGUUCCUGAACGACGGCCCCAAGCGGGGGCAGUCCCGCUUCUGAAUAUUCAGCAGCUCUCUGAAGUUCAUCCCUAAAGGCAAAGACACUUCUGCCUCCCAGGCGCAGUAGGCAGGCAGCCCACACCCUUUCCAGGUGGACACCACCGUGGCCACACUCCGGUGGCCCACCUUGGAACGAACCGGAACCCCAGGCAUUCAGGUCGGCGGGUAGCUGAAACAUCAGGAAGGCUCCCAGGGCCUUGGCUCUGUGCUGGUUCUCCUUGGGAAAAGCCCUGGUCUGCCAUCAACAGCCUGUACCCUGCUGCCAGAAUGGGCCUGGAGGACCCAGCUGUCGGCUCAUCUUAGCGUCCUGCUCACACGGGUCUCCAGGGGGUGGGCUCUAGGCCCAGCCAUCUUAAGUCCACUGCCCCCUCCCUGCUUGUCUGGAUUUACCCCUGUGGGGCGCAGUACUAAGGUGGGCCCCAGCCCUUGCCAAAGCUCAUGUCCAUCUUCUCCAGGCUGCACUAGGAGGCAGAAUAAUACAAGGGGGCCCAGCCAGCCACUCCAGCCCCGGUCACUAUAUGAUUCACUCUGGUUAAACCCUUCUAGGCAACCAGAGUGGUGAUAACCUGUGACCCACUUGGAGGGCAGGCCAGGGUCACACAGCCCUGGUUUCUCAGUUACGUGACAUCCUGAACCUGUUUCACAACCUAUGCGGGUGCAGCUUGCCUCACUUGGGCUUAAGAAAGCAGCUCUUACUCCAUUACCUUGACUGUACCAGGCUGGGGAGCUCAGAGCCCCCAGCCUACAGGGCACACCAUCCCGGAACUCAGAGACAUGCCUUACUGCGUAUGCUCAGAAGCUCUCCCGGAAGGGCGGUUGAUGCUGAAGCCCUCCCAUCUUGAGCCCUCUCUGGAGCAAUCAGAUCAAUAAAUGGAUGAAACCCA